AUGUCUUCUUCCGUUAUUUUACCGGAUGAUAUACGGGAAUAUCAUGAUCCGCCAGAACAAGUACAAGAAAAAAUCGAACAAUUGAUGGAACUUAUUCGCAACUCAAAACAUAUGGUUAUAUUUACUGGAGCUGGAGUAUCAACUAGUGCUGGGAUCCAAGACUUUCGAGGUUAUUUGACGCUUGCAAAGCAAGGCAUCAAAUCAACUCUUUCUGACUUUACCAAAAUUCGACCCACCAUAGAGCACGUUGCUAUCUAUAAAUUGUUUGAAGCUGGAUAUCUGAAGCAUUUAAUUUCUCAGAACACGGACGGGUUUCAUUUACGGAGCGGGAUUCCCAUUACUUCGAUUUCCGAACUACAUGGAAACAUCAACAUAGAAAAGUGUCCAAAAUGUGAGCGAUCUUAUUGGAGGAAGCAUGAUGUGCGCGAUUAUGAAAUUGAAGUAAAAGGAACACAUGAAAGAAUUAGACAUACUACUUCUCGCCAGUGUGUUUAUUGUCAUUGUAACCUUAGAGACACUGUUGUCAAUUGUUUCGAUCGCACCGAAGGACCUCAUCUUUUCCCGCUUGAAACAGCUCAAGAUCACCUGAAACUAUGUGAUUUGUAUAUCAUUCUUGGAUCUUCACUCACAGUCUAUCCCGCUAACUACUUUUCAAAAUAUAUAAAUUGUCAACAAAAACCUGUCGUCAUUGUCAACCUGCAAAAAACUUCAGCCGAUGAUAUCGCAUCCAUACGUAUUUUCACCGAAAUCAAGGAUGUCCUUAUUCGUCUAUGCGAAGGAUUCCAAUUGAACAUAAAUUCAGGAAUCACCGAUCUGGAGACAGAUCUAAAUUUUAAAGAAAUGAUUAUUAUGCCAUAUGCGAUUCGGAAGCUUGAUUGCAUUAAAGAAAAAACCGAAUAUUUGAAGAAGAAGUCGGAAACCGAGUUGAUGAUGUUUUUGACCGAAAGACGAAUUGCUUAUGAACCGCCGGCAGAUGCGAAAAUUAGGAAAGAUCAUUUGGUGGCUACUGUCAUUAGGCAUUGCAGAAAAACUGUUUAUUGGGUAUAA